AUGGCCCUGAAAUACAACUGGGGACAACGAGACCCUGACAGCUUUCAAAUGACAGCCGCAAUCCGCAAUCUACGGGAAAACCCUCGCUUCCUCUUCACUCGUCUUCCGAAUAUUUUAUCGCUUCUCUGCAUCGUCGUUGGCGUCGCUUGGUUACUCCUCCUACCCCUAGAUGACAAUUCACGACGGACCUACAUCUCCGAGAAUGCGCUCCUGCCCGGCCAGGUCCACGCCUAUUUCACUGGCAGUGAACAGAACAUCUUUCGGGGAUAUAAGCAGGAGCUACAAGCUUUGUUAAACAAGGGUCGCGAGACCGAGGACCAAGAAGCCGAGGUGGAUGUGACUCCGGCGGCCUCGAACAAAGUUCAUUCAAUUCUACAAGCCGCAGGACUGAAGGUCGCAACGCAGAAAUACGAGUACACCUCGGCCGGCAUUACCCACCAAGGCGAGAACAUUUACGGCAUCAUCCACGCACCGCGGGGCGAUGCAACAGAGGCAAUUGUAUUGGUGGCGGCAUGGAAGACAGCAGAUGAUGAGCUCAACCUGAAAGGCGUCACGCUAGCUCUCACUCUGGCUAGAUACUUCAAACGAUGGUCCCUCUGGUCUAAGGACAUCAUCUUUUUGUUCACCCCGGAUAGCAAAACGGGAACGCAAGCCUGGAUCGACGCCUACCAUGACCUUCAUCCAGAGUCUGUUCAGCCUCUACCAUUGAAGAGUGGAGCUUUGCAAGGUGCUGUGGUCAUCGAGUACCCCUUCGAGCACAACUUCCAGAAGCUUCACAUAGUCUAUGAUGGCGUCAACGGCCAAUUGCCUAACUUAGACCUGUUCAACACGGCUGUUGCCAUUGCAGGCGGCCAGAUGGGUAUUGGUGCUAACCUCCAGGAGAUGUGGGAGCACAAUGAUAGCUAUGAAGCACGACUUCAAACGAUGAUGCGUGGAAUGACGAAGCAAGGCCUCGGAUAUGCAACGGGAGCCCAUAGCAGCUUCAUGCCUUAUCACAUCGACGCCAUCACUCUGCAGCCUAAGGGUGAAGGAUGGGAAGACGAAAUGGCAUUGGGUCGGACCAUCGAGAGCAUGUGCCGCAGCUUGAACAACUUGUUGGAGCACUUGCAUCAGAGCUUCUUCUUUUAUCUGCUCAUGCAUAGCAACCGUUUCGUCAGUAUUGGAACUUAUCUUCCCAGUGCCAUGCUCAUUGCCGGAAACUUCACCAUCAUGGCCAUCGCGUUGUGGAUGCGCACUGGCUAUUAUCCGGAAUCGAAGCCGGACACCCCAGCGGGCGAAAAAUCCAAGAGUGAAAAGACAUCAAAGACGGGAACCCAGAAGAUCGAAAAGGAAAUCAAAGUGAAUGAAACUACACUCCCAGAGCGUCUCAUGGCUUUGCCAUUGACCCUUGUCACUGGUCUACACCUGCUCGGUCUGGUCCCCCUCUGGACCUUUAACAAUAUAUUCCAUCAGUAUUUUACAACUGCGACGUACAUCUUCGUCGUUGUGGAUAUUGUUUUGCCAUUAUUUUUGGCGGCACUUCUCUCCAACGGCCUGGGCGUCUCGAAACCCAUCAUACCGCAGCAAUACCUUUUGAUCAAGUCCUUUGCUCUCCUGCUACUCGGCCUCUCGCUUUCCACGCUCGCGACCCUCAACUUCUCUCUCUCCUUCAUGAUCGGCCUACUCUGCGCACCGCUCAGCUUUCUCGGCCGCCUCCAAGGCUCUGCCGCCCUACGAUAUGGUGUUUCUAGCCUGGGACUUGUGCUACUGAACCUUCUUUCCCCACCAAUUGUCCUUCUGGGCGUGUGCUGGUAUACCGGCGUUUCCGUGGAGACAGUGCUAACCCAAGCUGCAUUUGGCUGGGAUGUAUGGGGCAUGUGGACUCAAGUCGUGGUGUGGUGCGUGUGGUGGCCAGCCUGGCUGAUUGGAUGUGUCCAACUAGGCUCAUCGAUCUUUUAA